AUGAUGGCAAAGAUGGGCUACAAGGAAGGUCAAGGUCUUGGGAAAGAAGGCGAGGGUAUCAUUAAUCCGAUAGAGGUCAAGUUGCGACCAGUUGGUGCAGGCGUGGGCACUAUCAAGGAAAAGACGGAGCAAUACAAGCAGGAACAGAAGCGCGCAGCAGAAAAGCGAGGCGAAGUGUAUGAAGAUAGCAGCGAAGAAGAACGCAGAGCACGAAGGGGUCGGAAGAAGAAGUCACAGUCAAUGACUGGAGGUAGCAUCGGUGGAGUCGGCACGCCAACCGGCUCAAGGAAAGUGAAGACCAAAUACAGGACCGUCGCAGAUGUCCAAGCAGCAGCACCGGGAUUGGUUGUACCGCCACAGAUGUUGAGAUCUAUCGUCGAUGCAACCGGCUCGCAAACAAAACUCCUGACGAGUGCUGCUGGAUUGAUGGUACCGGCAGGCGCCGGUGUUCCAACAGAAGCCGAAAAAAUAGCAAAGCGAGAACGGCUGGAACUUGAAGCCUACAUCGAUUCUUGGCAUGGCAUACAAGAACAGAAGAUAUAUUGUGAAGAGCGCGCCGGUCAACAUCAGCUUGAGGUUGAUCGAAACAAAGAGCAAGCGAAUAAGCUUGCAGAUAUAGUGUCAGCCCUGGACGGUCUCAAGUUGGUAGCACCGGUCGUAUCUGUGCAGGGUAGCGCUGGUACGUCGUCUGGAUGGCCAUUGAUGGUUUCCGCGUUGGCGAAGCUUCAGGAGACAUUUCGACACGACGUUGAUCGCUACGGUCUAAGCGAUGCCGCAAUUGGGGCUCUUGCUCCUCUCUUCAAAGCAGCGGUUGCCGACUGGGAUCCUCAGGAGGAUCCGGCAUUUUUGGCGCCAGACCUAGACCGACUGAAGCCGCUGUUGGGUAUGGCUACUCAUGACGAAAUAAUCACUUCCAAGGCACAAACCGAUAUUGACAUCAACCACAUUCGUGCAAGACGACAAAAAGCGACUUCUGCGUACGAGUCUAUGAUAUACACAAUCUGGCUCCCAAAAUUGCGCGUUGCUGUAACGCAAUGGGAUGUGAUUGAGUCUGGCUGGCUGACGAGCCUAACACACGCUUGGCGAUCAGUACUUCCGGCCUUUGUGUUUUCAAAUCUGUUAGAUCAGCUCAUAGUGCCUAAGCUCAGCGCUGCCUUGCAAGCUUGGGACCCCCGUAAACGGACGCACCGCCACAAACAUGUCGACCUCAAAUACACGCCGCCUCAUACCUGGCUUUUCCCAUGGUUGCCCUUUUUGCCUGCACAUCAACUUGACAUAAAGGCUCCAAAUGGUCUCCUCGUAGAUCUCAAACGGCGGCUUCGGCAGGUCCUCGACGGCUGGGACUUGUCCUCUGGCUUACUUCCAGGUAUCUUGGAGUGGCGAGAUCUAUUGAAUACCGAGUUAGACCACAUUCUCGUCAGACAUUUGCUGCCCAAACUUGGCCGCUGCUUAGCUCUAGAGUUUGAGGUCGAUCCAGCGGACCAAGACACAGCUCCACUCGAGAGCGUACUUUUGUGGAAGGAUCAUUUCAAACCUGCCGUAUUUGCACGACUCCUUUCGGCCGAUUUUUUUCCAAAAUGGCUUACAACUUUGCACAUGUGGCUAACAACACCUGAUGCUAGUUUUGAGGAGAUUGGAAUGUGGAUAGCAUGGUGGAAGGAGCAGAUUCCUGCCCCGUUGGAUACCCACGCUGACGUGAUGAAGGAAUGGCGGAAAGGAAAUGAUAUGAUCGAGAAGGCUCUCGACCUAGGCGAUCAAGGCAUCUCUCUAGCUGAGCUACCACCGCCAGCUGCUGGUCCUGCGCGUCCGGUCGCGAUGGAAACCAAACGAAAGCUUGAAGCUCAAGACACGACCCCGAAGCCACCACAAGUGGUGCUUGACCCUGCGAUUUCUUUCAGAGAUAUCGUUGAGGCUUGGUGUGCAGAAGAGGACCUAACAUUCUUGUCAUUGCGUGAGCCACAUCCGCAGACCGGCGCACCGCUAUUUCGCAUAACAGCCAGUGCCACCGGGAAAGGUGGCGUUGUGGCCUAUUUGCAGAACGACACCGUAUGGGCGCAAAAGCGCGGUGACCGGACGCAGUAUGAACCCCUGGGUCUGGACGAGCGACUGGUCAGCAGAGCAGAAGGAAAGUGA